AGGCUCCUUCUCCCAGUACUCAACACCAGGUCUCAGGCAAGGAAAGCUCAGUGCCAAUGGAGAGGGACAACAGGUCUUUAGGUUGGCAGGAUCAGAGGAGAAGUUGGGCUAGCAGGACAUCAUCCCACCUCAGUGGUAGUGGGACUCCUACCCAGUCUAACAACUCCCUCCCCAGGGCUAACACUAACUCAGAGCCUGCCAGGAAGAGCCCUCUACACAGGACAACCAGCAACAACCAACAGCCUUCACACACUGAGUUUACACCCUAUGGGACCAGCUCACAGUCUCCUGGAAUCCAACCUGGGGACGACUCAGACUCAGAACCCUGCUGGAGAUCUUCUCUACACAGGACCAACAGCUUCCAAAUGUCUUGUCCCUCGAUGAUCAGGCCAACAGUCCAAAAUAAUCCUUCACACACUGAGAUAACCCCCUCUGGAACCAAAUCUGCACCGUCCAGGACCAACAACCCUCUAUGUAGGACAAACAGCGUCCAACAGAAACCCUCACACACUGAGAUAACCCCCUCUGGAACCAAAUCUGUACCGUCCAGGAGCAACAACCCUCUAUGUAGGACAAACAGCGUCCAACAGAAACCCUCACACACUGAGAUAACCCCCUCUGGAACCAAAUCUGCACCGUCCAGGAGCAACAACCCCCUAUGUAGGACAAACAGCGUCCAACAGAAACCCUCACACACUGAGUUAACUCUUUAUAGAACCAGCUCAGAGCCUUACAGAGCAACCUCUCUACAAAAACGAACAAGUUGUCUACCACAAACUUCUCCUGCUGGGGUAGUAUCACCCCCGGCCCCUGGGACCACUACAGGUGCUACCAUCGUCCUGAAGACAACUACACCAGCCUUCUCCUCCAUUACCAUCGCCACCAAGAAGAUCUCCAGGACGGCAAGCCUCCCUGGGUCUAGACCUCUGAGCCCUGGAUCUAGAGCGCCCAGACCCCAGAGCUACCACUCUGACGAGACCAGGGUCCCAGGCUAUAAAGCCCCCAGGCCCCAGAGCUACCACUGCGACGAGGCCAGAGUCCCAGGCUAUAAAACCCCCAGUCCCCAGAGCUACCACUGCGACGAGGCCAGGGUCCCAGGCUGUAAAACCCCCAGUCCCCAGAGCUACCACUGCGAAGAGGCCAGGGUCCCAGGCUAUAAAACCCCCAGGCCCCAGAGCUACCACUGUGACGAGGCCAGGGUCCCAGGCUAUAAACCCCCCAGGCCCCAGAGCUACCACACAAACCAGGCCAGACUCUCCACCACCUCCACCUCUGUCACCCAGCAGGACCAGGUCCAUCACCACCACCCCACCGGCAACGACCCCAGCUCCACCCCUGUCACCCUCAGGAGAAAGUCCACCGCCACCAUAGUCAAAGUGACCGAGCACAGAAGGAUGACCUCUGAACCUGUCAACCGACUCGACGGAAGGCAGAGCCCUGUUUCAUCUGUGUCAGGUGACCAACCAAAUGAUCAGGGCACGGCGGUUCACAGGAGACAAGCCACCGUCAUAAAAGUGACCGAGCACAGAGAGAGCUACAGCCCAGGUCAGGAUGCCAGAGGUGUGAACAGAAGCAGCAGUAGGCCGUCAGAGUACAGACACAGUUACACAGAGGGAGUGUACAGACACAAAUCCCCGUGGCAACAAUCCCCGUGGCAACAAGGAGCCAUGAAUUCAAACAUGAACUCUAUGGAAUCACUCCAUAGCACCCCUCCCUCCCAGUACCUUCUAGAAUCAUCUAUGGACAGGAUAGACAGGCCCAACUCUGCUCUGUUCCUGACUCCAAACAAGUCCACCUCAACCACUACAGUUGCUCUGAGGGACCCAGGGGGAAGCAGAGGUGGAGGGAAGCCAUUACAGAAGUCUACCCUGAUGCUGUUCAUCAACCCCUCUUCUCCCUCUUCCAGAGAGACGGCCAUAGAGAAGGUUGGUGUAGAGAGAGGAGGCGAAGAGAGACGGGCUCGGGACAGAGCCAGGAGACCAGCGAGCUGCUAUGCUAAUGUGUUUGGCCCGGUCUCAGAGACAGUAACUGUGAAACAAGCUGGACCCGGGAACUGGAGCCCAGAGACUGUUACUGUUACACAAGCUGGACCCGGGAACUGGAGCCCAGAGACUGUUAAACAAGCUGGACCCGGGAACUGGAGCCCAGAGACUGUUACUGUUAAACAAGCUGGACCCGGGAACUGGAGCCCAGAGACUGUUACACAAGCUGGACCCUGGAACUGGAGCCCAGAGACUGUUAAACAAGCUGGACCCGGGAACUGGAGCCCAGAGACUGUUAAACAAGCUGGACCCGGGAACUGGAGCCCAGAGACUGUUACACAAGCUGGACCCGGGAACUGGAGCCCAGAGACUGUUAAACAAGCUGGACCCGGGAACUGGAGCCCAGAGACUGUUAAACAAGCUGGACCCGGGAACUGGAGCCCAGAGACUGUUAAACAAGCUGGACCCGGGAACUGGAGCCCAGAGACUGUUAAACAAGCUGGACCCGGGAAUUGGAGCCCAGAGACUGUUACUGUUAUACAAGCUGGACCCGGGAACUGGAGCCCAGAGAUUGUUAUUGUUAAACAAGCUGGACCCGGGAACUGGAGCCCAGAGACUGUUACUGUUACACAAGCUGGACCCGGGAACUGGAGCCCAGAGACUGUUACUGUUAAACAAGCUGGACCCGGGAACUGGGGCAUGGAACUUCCUAACCAGACCCAGAAUUCUAAUAUUGACCCAGUGAGGGGCUGGGUCAAGGACACUGCUACCAGCAACAGUAGAUUAAACACUGGAUAUUCUAGCUCUUCCAUCAGUGCCGGACCAGCAGGCAGGGACAGGGAGAUGUGUCCCCCAGAGACAGAGUCCUCCAGACCAGCAGGCAGGGACAGGGAGAUGUGUCCCCCAGAGACAGAGUCCUCCAGACCAGCAGGCAGAGACAGGGAGAUGUGUCCCCCAGAGACAGAGUCCUCCAGACCAGAGGGAAGAGGGACCGAGAGAGAAGGAGAUGUAACACAUCAUUCACACCAGGCAGAUGCCAGGAGCAGCCAACCACAACCUCCAGCUAUCACUCUCAUCAAGCACCAAGAGCCCCCGUCACACCAGCGGUCUCCUGAGGAUGUCCUGGCCCUCAACGCUGCCGUCGUCAUAGCUCAUAUCAAACUCCAGAGACAACUGAGCCUGAGGAAGACAACACCACAUGACCUUUCUACACAGGACUCAAGGUCACCCACCACACCGGAGGGGGGAAAAACACUGGUGAAGGAUGCUGGUGGUUGUGUGCGACCCAGGACUGAUGACAACAGACUAGACCCUGGUGAGACCACCAGAACCAAACAUCACACAACCCAGAUUGAUGUUGGGUUUAUUCCCCUGAAUUCUGACUCUGACCCGGAAACAAGCAACGCCAACAUUCCAUCACCCAGGGAGGCUCUGGAGCGAUCCAGACCACACUUCAUCAGUCGCUCUCAGGGCAGACUGAGAGAGAUGGAGAGGCGGGCGGAAGAGAGGAGGGAGGAGAGGCGCUCUGACCACCAGCCAGAGGAGAUGAUGCUGAUGCACCAUAGAGGACACAGCACCAGACCCAGUCUGAGUGAUAACCUUUUCAGACCCAGAGAUAGAGCCAUUACAGGGAAGGAGAUGCAGCUCCGAACCAGGCAGAACUAUAAAAAUCUGCCGGAGGUGAGGAGGAAACAGGAGGAAGAGAAGAGGAGGGAGGACUACCUGACUAACAGGCUGAGAGCAGAUCUCUUCAAAAAGAAACUGUUAGAACAGAUCCUUCAAAGGGCUAGUCACUGAGUGAAGCCAAGAAUGAAUGGUCUGAAAGCACGUGAGCCCCCCUCCUUCCAGCAUACUGCCCUACUUUGAGAGACCCAACAACCAUCAAGACGGACUCACGAUUAUCCCAACGACAGUAUUAGUACACAUUAUAAUUAAGCAACAUCAUUUAAAAAAAAAAGAUAAACACAUUUUUUCAAUUUGUAGUGAAAAUGGGUGUCAUUAGAAAUUAAAGAAAACGAUGUAUGUUAUAAUGUUCCAACGUUUUAAUUAUAACGUCUUUCAUCAUCAUUUUACUGCUGUUUAUGAUUUUUAAAAAAAACCUGUUUGAUUUACAGAAGCACACUGGCUAUGUGUUUCACUGCUCCUAAGCCAAUCGUAUCGAAUCCUACUGAGAGCUCCAAUGAACGUCCGUCUACUUCACCAGAAGCUUUCUGAGGUUCUGGAAGAAGAAAAAAAAAAAAGCAUAGAAUACCGAUUUAGUUGUGGGAUUACAAUGUAACGAAUGCUGUUGUUCUAUGUUAUCUAUGUUAUCUAUGUUAUCUAUGCAUAUGGGCUGUGUACUGUGUUGAAGCCUUCCCAUUAAAAAACUGUAUCGUUGGCUACAGUAAA